AACAAAAAAGUCAAGUCAACCCAAACAACUAACAUAGUACUCUGGAACUGAUUCUAAGCAUGAAUACGACAUCUUUGCUCGAACCUCUUCCCCUCAGUUGCUAAGAACUCCAUCAACAAUCAUGUCUCCAAAUCCUUCCUUCAUCUCUCUCCUCUUUCUCCUCGUCUCUCUUCCUCUCUCUUCAAGCGACCUCGCCAAGCCCGGCUGCCCGACCAAAUGCGGCAACGUAGCGGUCCCAUACCCCUUCGGAAUCGGCGAAGGCUCAGGCUGCUCCUUCGACAAGCUGUUCGAGGUCACCUGCAACGACUCAUUCGCCCCUCCAAGGCUGUUCGUCCCCGCAGCCGACAUCGAGAUCGUCGAGAUACGGAACGACACCGUCCGGAUCAAGAACAUGAUAGCCUCAGCCUGCUACGACCCGAUUGGGCGCGUCACCAGCACGAGCGCAGCUUCCAUCAAUCUCGCCGACACGCCCUUUUCCGUCUCCGAUGCUAACAUGCUGACUCUCGUCGGCUGCGACGACGUCUUUCUGAUGCUGGGAUACAUGGGGCGGAACUUCAGCAGCGGCUGCGCUUCUCUCUGCUCCAACAAAGAGGAUUUGAUCGAAGGCGAGUGCAGCGGCAUUGGAUGCGCGCAGAGCAACAUUCCCAAGGGAUUCAGAGCGUUCGUCUCCAGCAUUCGCUCCCUCCAGAACCAUGUCAAUAUAUCCUCGUUUGAUCCGUGCGGCUACGCGUUUCUUGGUGAUCCGGAGAGCUUCGUCUUCAGCGCAUCCGACCUCAGUGAUCCGAGCUUCUUGAACAGGACUAGAGAUAAUGUGCCCAUGAUUCUUGACUGGGAGAUUAAUGGAGUUGACAAUUGUAGCGCCUGUCAUGGAAAUACCAUCUGCGUUGACUCUGCUACUGGACUUGGAGGCUACAGGUGCAGCUGCUUGGAAGGUUACCAAGGCAAUCCUUAUCUCACUCCGGGGUGCACUGAUAUCGAUGAAUGUAGGGGCAAUCCUUGUGAUCCAAAUGGGAUUUGCACGAAUCUUGGUGGCAGUUAUAGUUGUUCCUGCAGAAAGGGAUUUCGAGGUGAUGGUGUGAAAGAUGGAAAGGGUUGCAUAGCUAAGAGCAAGUCACAAACCACCAAAUUAUCUUUAGGUAUUGGGUUUGGGUUUUUGACUAUGAUAGUUGGCAUAAUUGUUCUAAUUCUUGGCAUGAAGAAAAGGAAGGUUAUCAAACAAAGAGAAAAGUUCUUCCAACAGAAUGGAGGGGCACUCUUGAAUCAACAGCUUUCCUCAAAUGAAACUAGCGUGAAAUCAACCAAGAUCUUCACAGCUGCAGAACUUGAGAAGGCCACCAACAACUACGCAGAGGAUCGCGUACUAGGAAAGGGCGGUUAUGGCACGGUCUACAAAGGGAUCCUCCACGACCAUCAAGUUGUUGCAGUUAAGAAGUCCAAGGUAAUGGAUCAAACUCAGAUAGAGCAGUUCAUCAAUGAGGUCAUCAUCUUGACACAAAUCAACCACCGCAAUGUUGUCAAACUGUUGGGAUGUUGUCUGGAAACAGAAGUCCCUCUUUUGGUGUAUGAAUUUGUUUCAAACGAUACACUUUUCCACCACAUCCAUCACAGUGGAGGAAUGCCUUGGUUUUCAUGGGACAGUCGUCUGAGAAUCGCGGCUGAGGCUGCUGGUGCAUUGUCCUAUCUUCACUCUUCAGCUGGAAUGCCUAUUAUCCACAGAGAUGUCAAAUCUCCAAACAUAUUGCUGGAUGAAUACUACACAGCUAAGAUUGCAGAUUUCGGAGCAUCAAGAUUGGUUCCCAUUAAUCAAACAAUGGUUUCCACUCUAGUCCAAGGCACCUUAGGUUACUUGGACCCAGAGUACUUCCACACGGGCCAGUUAACAGAGAAGAGCGACGUCUACAGCUUUGGGGUUGUCCUGGCCGAGCUCAUGACAACCCGGAAGCCCCUUUCCACCACGAAGAACGACCAAGAAAAGAGCCUCGCUACUUUCUUUGUCGUGGCGCUGAAAGAGGAUCGUCUGUUCCAAAUAGUGGAUCCUCGCGUGCUGAGGGAAGGGAGCAUGAAGCAGAUACAAGAGGUGGCCGAGUUGGUGAAGAGAUGUUUGAAGAUGAACAGUGAGAAUAGGCCUACGAUGAAGGAAGUGGCGAUGGAACUCGAGGGCUUAAGGAAGCUCAGCAAACAUCCUUGGACUCAACAACAAGCUGAAGAGGAAGUUGUUCCAUUGAUGAUCGAGCAGUCUGAUUUGUAUGCAGUGCCAAUGAGUUCUGGUUUUACUACAAAUGAGUAUUCUCGAAAUCAUUUGGACAGCCGUAUGAUCCAUCCAAUCAGCAGCCCUCGCUGAGCAAUGCUGGUUUUUCAGUUGAUGUAUUUUUACAGUUUUUUGUGACUGUUUUUGUUUUACUACAAACCUUAUGUUUGUUUUCCCCCUAAAAAAAAAACCUUAUGUUUUGUUUUAUUUAACCUUACUUUUUUGCUUCUGUACGUUUUCUUUGUAGUUCGGUUUUAUUUACCUUUACUUGUUAUUAAUGUAAUCAUAUUAAAAUUAA